AUGGCAUCGCACAGGCUAUUGGACCAGGAAGAGGAAGAUGCACUCCAUAAAUCCCGCCUCCUCAACGUCGAGGAAAAGCCAUUCAAGCGCAUUACAAAGCGGCUCCUCGCUCGCGAAUCUCUCGUUUCUACGCCAUUAUCCCUGCCCCUCACACCACCCCCCGAGCCGGGUGCAGACCCUGCAGAUGCAGAUGCAGAUGCAGAUACUCGGCGGCAGAAGAAGCUUGAUGAAUGGCGGCAAUUCAAGGAAGCCGUAACACUCGACUUUGCGGCCUUCGAGAGCAGCAUCGCGCGGAUCCAGUUUCUGUUGACGAACAAUGAGAAAGAGAGAGAGCGAUAUGCGGCAGAGAAACUACGGAUCCAGUCGACGGCGCAGGACGUGCGAGACAAUACCGGCGAGCUUCGCGUACAGCUGGAAGCUGCACAGAAGACGCUGAACCUUCGGAAGGUGUAUGAUGACCUGACGGAGAAAAUUACAAGUAACCGGCUUCUUCGUCCGCGGGAGGAUCAAAAGGCGAAUCUUGAAAAACUGGAGGUGGAAAUUCAAGAGCUAGAAAAAGAGAGCAAGGAAUACGCAAAGACGUGGUCUGAACGGCGCGAACAAUUUGGCCGUAUCGUUGAAGAAGGAAUGCAGCUGCGUCGCUUGAUUCGGGAUGAAAAGGAAGAGGUCGAACGAAGGGAGGGCAUGCAAGAGGGUGAUGAUGGCGAUACGGGAGAUGGGGAGGACGAAUCGAAAGGUCGAACUAGCGGUGUCAACUCACCGCGACCAGACUCCGAGUCUCAAACAGGCGAUGAGCAUGUUCCCAGCAAACUACAGGUGGAGAGACUGCAAGCAGACACAAUAGGCGCGGCCUCUCCAUUGAGACAGUCUAUGUCCGCCGCGGAGGAUAAGCAAGAAGACGAUAUCAACAUGCCUGAUGAAGGAGAGGUUGACGAGCUUGAAGAGGGAGAGACUGACGAAAGGGAAGAUAAGAUGGAUACCACCUGA